AUGCCUACUGAUUUGUUCUCUGUUGUAGGCCAAUCGGGAAGCGAAAAGGGCACAACUCUGGACAACUUCAACAGCCUCCAGGGUGACGGUCCUGAUGCGUGGGACGACACUGUGCUCAACCGCCUUGAUAACUUCAUGGUUCAUGCCCACGAUUACGGCAUCAAACUACUUGUUUCCAUCCAUAGUUACAACGCUCUCGAAGCAAACUCUGACUUUUAUGGGAAGUGGUAUGGCACUGGCGACUUCUACACCAAUAACGAGGCAAUCGGACACUUCAAGACUCGCAUCGCUCAUGUUCUUGGACAUGUGAACCCCAGAAAUGGCAAGACCUGGGCCCAAAGCCCAGAGUACAUCUUUGCCUUUGAGGCGCAAAACGAAGCUAUGCAUCCACAAGGGAACCCGUCCGCCCUAGCGUCAUGGCAGUGCACGAUGGCACAGGCAAUUAAGCAAGGCCUCAACGGGAGUACCGAUAUUCUGGUUACUACCGGAGGCGGUGCCUACGUCGACAACUCUCUGCUAGACCCCUACUUCAGCUGCAGCGCCCUGGACGUCCUUGCCAUCCACGCAUACGGAGUCGACGAUUUCGCCACGUCAAAGCUUCAGCCCUACGUCACCAAGGCAAAGAAUGCCGGGAAGAAGCUCAUCAUGCAAGAAUGGGGCGCUUGCUAUACGGAUGCUCCGAACCACAACUGCAACGGCGGCAGUCCCAUUGGUACAGGAACCAGAGACUCCAACAUUCGCACUUGGGCUGCGAGUAUCGACGCUGCCGGGAUUCCGUGGUUCUACUGGCAGAUCUUGCCCAACCCUGACCCUCACCACGGGUGGGAUUAUGAAGUGGGUAUUAAUGAUGUGAACUGGAGUGCGCUCAAGGCAGCUGGUCUCGCCGCCGGCCAGGCCGAAUCGGCAUUUGACUUUGACCGUUACAUACUUUGA